GUGGUCUGGAAACUGACACGCUUUCGUUUUGUGUGUUGUCGGAUUCCCUUCUUUUGCGUCAGCUUCUCCUCCCGUGCACCGAACAUAGUUCGAGAAAGAAGAAGACGGUGACGAUGGCGGAAGGUGGCGGCGGCAAGCCGAAGAGGAUGAUGGUGGCCAUCGACGAGAGCGAGUGCAGCCACCACGCCCUCGAGUGGGUGCUCGCCAACCUCCGCGAGUCCCUCUCCUCCUUGCCCCUCAUCAUAUUCACGGUCCAGCCCCUCACCGACUUCGCCUACCUGACUGCCGCCUCCCUCGGCUCCCCUCCUAUGGAGUUGAUCCAAUCGGUGCAGCAGCAACAGAAGCAGGUUUCGCUUGCUCUCCUAGAGAAGGCGACGGAGAUCUGUGCUCAGUACGGGGUGGUUGCAGAAACAAUUACAGAGGUAGGAGAUCCAAAAGAAGCCAUAUGUGAAGCAGUCAAAAAGUUGAAUGUCAACUUGCUUGUUGUGGGAAGCCAUGGUAAAGGAGCCUUACAGAGGGCUUUUCUAGGGAGUGUCAGCAACUACUGUGUGCAUCAUGCCAAGUGCCCCGUCCUCGUCGUGAAGAAGUGAGCGCGUGAGUCUCUUCUUUCAAUCUUCCAAGUAUACUACCAUGUGUUAGCAGAUGAUGUUAAUGUCUUUAUUAUACCCUCUACCUGGAUGUUUCACAAGACAAUAUAACCGUGUUAAAUAAGUCCUCUUCUUGUGAUA